AUGCCGUAUCGACCUUAUCUUAAUUCCCAAUUCUCCGACACCUAUGACAUAUACCUUGAGAUUUUAAAUCGUGUGGACCGCCGCCUGAAUGGAGCACUUCAUCGCAACACGCCCAAUUGGCGUCUCCUCAACGCAUGUCCAUGCUGUUCUUAUCAACUCGAAGACGAGCUGCCGUUAGCAUUCAAGUGGCUUGCCUCUAUUGAUGGCAACAACAGCCUCAAAAGAUGGGCAUCCUCUACUUAUGGCCUUACUGCACGGGAGGAUUCUCGCAAGCCUCGUUCUGACUACUGGAUUGAUCAAAUGACUGUUGAUGCCUUCAAGGAUGAAGUUCGAAGAUCAGCGCUAACUAAGGUAGCCGAGCAAAUCAACUUCAAUUGUACAGAGCAGUGGCGAAAUGCUGGACCCGAGCAGCAGAAGAAAAUGUUUUCUGUUUUCGACGAGUCUGGUAUUUUCAUUGCGGCAUGCCGGCACAGAUUUAUACUUCUCGCCUGCGAUAUGGUGUGCAGUGGUGAACUGGCAAAAUAUCCCUUGGCUCUGAUGAACCAGUUGCUGUCCGUUUUUGGUGUGAAUGGUGGAUGCGCUUAUGAUAUUGGUUCUAACAGCAGUCUUGGUCCCCUCGCCCAAAGCCUUAAUUUGCGCAUGAUGGUUGGCGCGUUCCAUGGUCAUGCGCAUAACCGAAGGUGCCAAUUAGAUUGGCACCCAAUGUAUAUCAAAGGGACUGGGCUGACCGAGGGUGAGGGAUGUGAGCAUGUAUUCUCAUCUUCAAACGAUCUUGCACGAAGCACUAGACACGCCUCUCCGUUUCAUCGCCAUCAAACGAUCGAGGAGCAUUUCGCCUUCUGGGACCAAGAUAAAUAUGCAGCGUUAAGUACAUCUCAUGUCGUACACAGCCAAUACUUGAUCAACUAA